AUGGGACAGGAGAAACUGGAAAUGGAAGAUUCUACUUUAAUGGAGACUACGACGAAGAAGCCACCUGUGUCCAAACAUUCCAACAAAUAUGAAAGAUUGUACCAGCCCUGCUUGGCUGAAUUGGUGGGGACCAUGUUCUUUGUCUUCAUUGGCUGUGUGUCUGUGAUUGAGAACGUGCCAGCAGCUGGACGGCUGCAGCCGGCCCUGGUGCACGGGCUGGCUGCAGCCGUGUUGGUGGCUGUCAUGGACAACAUCAGCGGCUCCCACUUCAACCCUCCCUUCACUAUUGCAAUCUACCUGUGUGGAGGCAUGGAGCUGAUAAUGGUGGGACCCUAUCUUGUGUGUCAGAUAAUUGGAGGAGUGCUGGGAGCUGGAAUGGCCAAGAUGAUGACCCCGCCAGAACGCUUCAUCAAUGCCACUGGAGCAGCGUUUGAUAUUAUCAAGUCAGAGAGCCAACUGUUCAGAGCUAUCUUUGGGGAGGUGGCUAUGACCUGCUUGAUAACUAUGGUGGUGCUGCUGGUGGCGGUCAAUGGCAAGACAAAAACCCCGCUGGCUCCUUUCCUGGUGGGCUGUACCAUCAUAGUUAACGUCUUGGCAGGGGGUGAUGUAUCAGGAACGUGUCUAAAUCCACCCAGGGCCUUCGGUCCAGCUGUAAUGACCGGCUACUGGACCUACCACUGGGUGUACUGGGUCGGACCCAUUGGGGGAGGUCUGGUGGGCGCUGCUUUGGUCAGGGUCAUUCUGGGUGAUGAUAAGCUACGAAUCGUAAUGAAGCCAUAACUCCAUUUAUAGCGCGAUGACACACACACACACACAUAAUACCAAGCCAACUUUUGUUAUUCC